UACAUUAUCUGUGUUGACGCCAUGCAGAUGAGUCGCAUGGGCUCACCGUCUGUCGCGAUGGACGACGACACUGGCGCUGGCCAUGCUCUUAGCGACUUCCUCCUACAACUCGAGAACUACAACACUUCAAUCCCAGAUUCCGUGGUUGCACACUACUUGAAUAUGUCUGGCUUCGAAUCCCAGGACCCUAGGUUGAUCCGCCUCAUAGCGCUAGCAUCACAGAAGUUCCUCUCGGACAUAGCCAACGAUGCACUCCAACACUGCAAGAUGCGGACAACGAGCCAGAUUACGCAAAGUUCCAAGAACCAGAAAGGUCCGAAAGAAAAGAAAUACGUUAUGACCAUGGAGGAUUUAGCUCCUGCCUUACAAGAAUAUGGAAUAGUCGCGAGAAAACCACAUUAUUUCGUCUGAAUAUGAAGUGUGACGUAUGAAUGUAAUCAAGCCUUUUUACGGAGAUAAUUUUUAAAUGUUCCCAUUGAAAUAAAACUAUUAAAUUUGUUCUAAGACCGUUAGGUUGAAUAGGGUGAGUAGAUUGCGUGGGAUGAAUAGGAAUCGAAAGCUUUUUAAGGAUAAAAUUUUAUUAUUAUUAUUAAAAAAGAAGUAGUCUUGGUCCAGAUGAUACAUGGUUUACUCAUGCGUCCGCAUCGGGAUCGCCCGACUAGUUUCAUGAGCUCAUACGACGGUUCGUUGUCGUUUAUGCUCACGAUCCCGAUACUGCUAAACUAGUCAAGCGAUCUCGAUAAAUGAGCGUGAGUGAGCCUUUGUAUCAUUUAAUAAAAUUACUCUAUAAUGUAUGAUAACUUAAAGGAACUCCCUGUUGUGGUUCAGAAUGUAUACCAUUACAACUUCAAAUAAUAUUAUGUUUUUGGAAACGUGACAGAGCAUUACGUAGCAUAGGAAGCAUCUCUUCCGAAAACACGCAAUAUUAUUUUGAAAUGGACUGGUAGACCUGAAAUCUUGUCGGUAGAUUUUCUAUCAGAAAAUCUUAUUUUUUAUCAGAAUCACCAGUCUCAUUAAAAUGAGGUUUUACCUUGUAUACCUUUCUUAUUUAACAAAUUUUCUUGGAAUUGGUCUAUAUUCUAUUCCCGCGGUGUCUAUUUACCUUAUUCUACCAAUUUAAAUGUUAUUCAACGGGAUAGGCAAAUAAUUAAACAGUCUUAAGAUUCCAGCAAUAAUUAUAAUAAAUAAGUUUCCAAACUGCUCUGAUCUUCGAGUGUUUAAAAUGAAAGAAUAUUAAAUAUUUAAUAAACUAUGAAAUCUGUUUAAAAUAGUUUUAUUUCAAUGAUUUGAACCUCUUGGAAACUAGUGGCUCUACUAUUUUAUUCUUUGCCUUAUCUUAAAAGUUCAUUCUGUCAAAACAAGAUCUUUAAAGACUUACAAGAUUUUAUCAUAAGAGUAUUGCCAACCGCAGAAAUAAAGGAAUCGCGUGGGCCAAAACUGCUAUUACUAUAGGCGUAAAUAACAAAUAUUUCAAUUAAUUUCAUAAAAUAACUUGUAUAUGCCUUGGCAGAGGAAAAGAACAGUCUUCCAAACAAUAAAUAAAAUAAUUUAAAAUUAACGCUUUCAUUUGACAGCUUUUUACAUUUCUUUCCUCAUUCUUUAUUUCCGUCUUCUUUCAAGGUGUAUAUAAAAAAACAUGCAUAUUUUUUACGUUAAUAAAAUUCUGUGUAUUUGUAGGAAGAAUCUGACAAAUUUGUUACUUAAUGAUUGUUGCUGAUGUAUUUUGAUGAUUCUAAAUUUAUAGUCCAAUUUGUCGUUCGAAUAUUUAGGUAAUUUAUAACAUUUGCAUUACUUUAAGUUUAAUUUUGUUAUUGUAUCGUUGCUAUCUAGAAAAUGGGCGAUAGGGGUAAUUAUUAUAAAUAAACAUUCAUUUCACAUAUU